AUUAAUUAAAAGAAUUUAUUGCGGCACAUUUGUCCUUCAUCGCGGAGAAACGAACACAACAAUAAUAAACAAUAUAAUAGACAUAAUAAUAAGAAUAAAUAAUAACAUACAAACGGAGUGGCGUUUCUGCAAAUCGCCUCCAAUCCCUGCAGGGCGCCGAAGUUUUAAAAUUUAAGACGCGAUUGGCUAAAAGCGACAACCAAUCAAAACCAAGGAAGCAAGGUAUAAAUAGCGCGCCAGUCGCGGUUGCUUCUUAGUUCUUCGCUUCGCGGUGAGGGAGUUGGUGUUUUUUCUUGUGUCUUUGCUCCGAGAUGGCUCGUACCAAGCAGACCGCUCGCAAGUCUACCGGCGGGAAGGCGCCCCGCAAGCAGCUGGCCACCAAGGCGGCGCGGAAGAGCGCUCCGGCCACGGGCGGCGUGAAGAAGCCUCACCGUUACCGGCCCGGCACCGUCGCCCUGCGCGAGAUCCGCCGCUACCAAAAGUCGACGGAACUGCUCAUCCGCAAACUGCCCUUCCAGCGGCUGGUGCGCGAGAUCGCGCAGGACUUCAAGACCGACCUGCGCUUCCAGAGCUCGGCCGUUAUGGCGCUGCAGGAGGCGAGCGAGGCCUACCUGGUGGGGCUCUUCGAGGACACCAACCUGUGCGCCAUCCACGCCAAGCGCGUCACCAUCAUGCCCAAGGACAUCCAGCUGGCCCGCCGCAUCCGCGGGGAACGGGCGUAAAUAAAAAAAGGAGGCUUUUGCCUUUG